CUCUCUCUCUCUUUCUCUACCCCAGUCAUUUGCAUUUUCAGUAGCGGUACUGGUUCUUCUCCCUCCGCAAAACCAUUCAUCUAAGCAAACCCUGCCUCUUUCCUCUCCUUUUUACUCAGUAUACCCACUUCUUCUGCCUUGUAUACUGGCUCUCCCAACCAUGGAAACUUUCAGCUUCCUCAAGCACUGGCGCGGCGGUGUCACGGUUGGUUCUGCUAACAUGGGCACCACCACCACCACCACUUCACCCACGACCACAAUCCUCACCGCCGUCGCCCAAAACGACGACGAAGACAGUGACAGCGACAACGACGACGGGCCUUUCUUCGACUUAGAGUUCGCCGUCCCCGACGAAGACGAAGCGUUUGCUCGAAACCACGACGAGGAAGCUCGGCAAGAAGAUGGCUGCAACGAGGAUGUCCGGCAAGAAGACGACAGCGGCGGCGGCGACGACGAGGAGUUUAACUUCACCGUCCCUUCCGGGUCGACCCAGGACAGAACGGUCGAGCCGAAUCUGACUCUCUCUCCCUCCGACGACUUGUUCUUCAAAGGGAAGCUUGUGCCCAUCGAGCCCUUGUCGAUUGAGUUCAACCCAUCUGAAGAAUCUAACUCCAAGCCCCAAUUCGCCGUCUCAUUAUUGAAAUCGGCCACCAAAUUUCGUGUUUUCAUGCUGGGAUUGAAGAAAUUGAAGUCGAAUUCAAACGGGUCGGAAAAACCAGGGAAAACGGACCUGCCGGCGGCUGGAUCUGUUGCGGCGGUGGCGAAAGAACCGCCGCAAAAACCCCAGGAAAAACCACCGCAAGAGGAACCGUCGCAAAAGCACAAGCAGCAGGAGAAGCUUUUCACGGUGAAAUUCAAGGUUGAGGAGGUUCCCAUUGUGUCUUUGUUUGCCAGACACAACAGCUCCAGAAUCUCUGCAACUAAUAAGUCGCAUACGACCCAGCGGAAGCCGCCGCCGAUAAGCGCUUCUGAAGAAUCGGCUUCUGAGGAAAAGCGCUUUCCCAAAGAGGUAAUGCAAAAGUACUUGAAAAUGGUGAAGCCUCUCUACGUUCGCGUUUCAAAGAGGUACGGUGAGAAGCUGAGAAUGUCCGGGCAGCUCAACUUGAACGGCUCGACGGCGCUGGCUUCGAAUCCGGCCGAGAAGUCCCAGUCGGAGAGUGAAGUUUCAGAGCCGCCGCCGGUGACGGCGAGCAAUGCGAAGAGUGGUCAGACGCAUGGGAAUUUUCCGGCAGGGUUGAGAGUGGUCUGCAAGCACUUGGGGAAGAGCCGGUCCGCUUCCUCCGCCGUAGCCGCGGCUCCAUCGGCCGCCGUAAUCGCGCAGAGGAGUGAUGAUUCGCUGCUUCAGCAGCAGGAUGGAAUCCAAAGCGCCAUCCUGCAUUGCAAGCGUUCCUUCAAUGCCUCCCGAGAUUCGGACACUAACCGGAUAUCUCGGUCGGUGAGCGAUUCCUCGAACGAAGAAAAUGGAAGUUGAGAUGUCACGCAAGUCGUCGGAUCAAGGCAAAGGAGGUGGGCUUUAACGGCCCGGAUCUUUUCCCGCAUGCUUUUUUGGCGGGAAAAUUGGAGCAGGGGUCAAGUGAAUAGGAAUGUCAUAUU